AUGCCUUCUCCAGAUCGGCCUCAAUCGUCCCAUAAAUUUUCGUCACACGACGAUGCUCAAAUUCAUAACUUUGCCGUAAUUGCUCGUAUCAUGAAGGAUGCCCUGCCAAACAAUGCAAAGAUCACAAAGGAUGCAAAAGAGUGUAUGCAAGCUUGCGUCAGCGAGUUUAUCUCAUUUAUCACAAGCGAGGGUAUGUCUCAUUACGAAAGUGUAUGUAUGUUGCUAACAAUCUUAUUAUAGCAGCUGAGAGUUGUCUCAAUAGCGGGCGCAAGGCGAUCACUGGUGAGGAGAUCUGAGAGGGUUUGGAGGGUGGAGGGGAGGUAUUUGAUCCGAUGAACGAUGGCUGCUGCUGUACAGCCUAUAGUCUACAGUACCGUGUUAAUGUCCACUAGCAAAGUUGGGAAAUGCUCAGGUGAGAGGAUCGCAAAUUUCCAUGUAUUAUUUUACACUCCGCUUUCUUAGCUAUGAAGCAUG